AAACCUGGAAAGAAGAGGAACAUGGAGCGGCGGAGAGCGGGCGCGGGCCCGGCGCCGUAUGAACGCCUCACAGCAGAGGAAAUGGAUGAGCAGAGGCGGCAGAACGUGGCCUAUCAGUACCUGUGCCGGCUGGAGGAAGCCAAGCGGUAAGCGGAGGGGCUGCCUCCUCUGGAGCCCCGUCCCCUCCCUGCCCGCCCCAGGCACCUGCCCCCUAGCCAAUGCAAAAGGAGUCCAUUCUGUGGGAGAGGAAGAGUUGAAAUAGCACCUCUCUCUCUCUCUCUCUCUCUCUCUCUUUUUUAAGUUUAUUUUUUUAUUUAGAGAGAGAGCAGGUUAGCGGGGGAGGAACAGAGAGAGAGUAGCCUACUCACUGACAGUUCGUAGCCCGACGCAGGGAUCGAAUUCACGAACCCGUGAGAUCAUGACCUGAGCCAAGAUCAAGAGUCAGAUGCUUCAUGGACGAGCCCCCCAGGCACCCCAUCUUUUUUUUUUUUUUUUUCUUCUUGUUUUAAGACUUUAUCUUGCUAGAGCAGUUUCAGGCUCAAAGUUAAGAGGAGGAUAGAGAUUUCCCAUAUGCCCCCUGCUCCCACACAUAUGCAGCCUUCUCCACUAUCAGCAUCUCCAAGAGUGGUACGUUUGUGGCACGUGAUCAACUCACCUUGACACAUGAUCCCCCAAAGCCCGCAGCUUACCUUGGAGUUCACUCUUGGUGUCGCACACCCUGUGGAAUGCGUCACAAAUGUAGGAUGAUGUUAUCCGUCAGUGUGGUGUGUUGGAGUAAGUUCACUGCCCUAAACAUCCUCUGUGCUUUGCCUCUUUGUCCCCGCAUCCCGCCCCCUGGCAACCACUUAUCUUUUUUACAGUCUCCAUCGUUUCUCCAUAGUUGGAACCGUAAGCGCUUUCGCUCUCGUUAGCUCACUUACUGCCGAGGCAGAGACAGUACAGGUCGCGUUCUCUUCAUUUUCUGGAUGGAGGCCUGCCUGAAGGAGGAGCUUCCUCCCCCCGUGGAGCUGGAGGAGAGCCUCCGGAACGGGGUGCUGCUGGCCAAGCUGGGCCACUGUUUUGCACCCGCCGUGGUCCCCUUGAAGAAGAUCUAUGAUAUGGAGCAGCUGCGGUACCAGGCAACUGGCUUGCAUUUCCGCCACACAGACAACAUCAACUUCUGGCUGUCGGCCAUAGCCCACAUCGGCCUGCCUUCGACCUUCUUCCCGGAGACCACAGACAUCUAUGACAAGAAGAACAUGCCCCGGGUGGUCUACUGCAUCCAUGCCCUCAGUCUCUUCCUCUUCCGGCUGGGACUGGCCCCUCAGAUACAUGAUCUCUACGGGAAAGUGAAAUUCUCAGCCGAGGAACUUAGCAACAUGGCCUCUGAACUGGCCAAAUACGGCCUCCAGCUGCCGGCCUUCAGCAAGAUCGGGGGCAUUCUGGCCAAUGAGCUGUCGGUGGAUGAAGCUGCAGUCCACGCGGCGGUCCUCGCCAUCAAUGAGGCGGUGGAGCGAGGGGUGGUUGAGGACACCCUGGCUGCCUUGCGGAAUCCCAGUGCUCUGCUGGAGAAUCUUCGAGAGCCUCUGGCAGCCAUCUACCAGGAGCUGCUGGCCCAGGCCAAGGCAGAGAAGACUGCCAGCGCCCAGACCCGAGAUGGUGGAGAAAGCUGGGACAUAUAUGACUGCUACCUGACUCAGGCUGAAAUCCAGGGGCACAUCAACCACGUCAACGUCCAUGGGGCUCUAGAAGUUGUUGAUGAUGCCCUGGAGAGACAGAGCCCUGGGGCCUUGCUCGAGGCCCUUCAUGACCCUGCCCUGGCCCUGCGAGGAGUGAGGAGAGACUUUGCUGACUGGUACCUGGAACAGCUGAGCUCAGACAGAGAACAGAAGGCACAGGAGUUGGGCCUGGUGGAUCUUCUGGAAAAGGAGGAGGUCCAAGCUGGUGUGGCUGCAGCCAACGUGAAGGGUUAUCAGGAGCAAGCCACGCUCCAGGCCGUGUGCAGGAUCAACGGAGCCAUCCGGAGGGGAGUGGCGGCUGACACGGUGGCGGAGCUGAUGUGCCCAGAAGCCCGGCUGCCUGCGGUGUGCCCCCGCGCCCCGGCUGUGUACCAGCGGGAGCUGGCAGUGCUCCAGCAGCAGCAGGGAGGGGAGCUCGGCCACGAGGAACUCUUUGUGGCCGUGGAGAUGCUGUCAGCCGUGGUCCUGAUUGACCAGGCCCUGGAGGCCAGGGAUGUCGGCGGCUUCUGGAGCAGUCUGGUGAACCCCGCCACGGGCCUGGCCGAGGUGCAAGGAGAGAACGCUCAGCGUUACUUUGAUGCGCUGGUGGCGCUGCGGCAGGGGCGUGCGCCGGACGGCGUCUUGAGCUGGAAUGACCUGCAGGCCACCGUGAACCAGGUCAACGCUCAGGUGCAGGAAGAAACCGAUCAGGUGCUGGCGGUCAGCCUCAUCAACGAGGCUCUGGACCAGGGCAGCCCCGAGAAGACCCUGUCGGCCCUCCUGCUCCCCUCGGCUGGCCUGGACGACGUCCACCUGCCUGUGGCCCCUCGGUACCAUCUCCUCCUUGUGGCGGCCAAAAGGCAGAAGGCCCAGGCAACGGGGGACCCCGGAGCGGUGCUGUGGCUGGAAGAGAUCCGCCGGGAGGUGGUUCGAGCCAACCAGGACACGAACGCCGCACAACAGAUGGCUCUCGGUGUGGCCGCCAUCAACCAGGCCAUCAAGGAGGGCAAGGCGGCCCAGACAGAGCGGGUGUUAAGGAACCCCUCCGUGGCCCUCCGGGGGGUGGUUCCCAACUGCGCCGACAGCUACCAGCGAGUCCUGGAAGGAGCCAUGGCAAAGAAGCGGCGCCCAGGGGACGCGGCUCUCUGGGUCCAACACGACAUGAAGGAUGGCUCCGCCUACUACUUGCACCUGCAGACCUUCCGGGGAACUUGGGAGCCGCCCACCGGCUGCCGCCUGAACACGUCCCACCUGACUCGGGAGGAGAUCCAGUCCGCCAUCACCAAGGUCACGGCUGCCCGUGACCGCCAACAGCUCUGGAAGGCCAACGUCGGCUUAGUCAUCCAGCUCCAGGCCCGCAUGCGCGGCUUCCUGGUUCGGCAGAAGUUCGCUGAGCGCUCCCGCUUUCUGAGGACCUGGCUGCCGGCGGUCAUCAAGAUCCAGGCUCACUGGCGGGGUUACAGGCAGCGGAAGACCUACCUGGGACGGCUGCAGUAUUUAAAAGCGAACUCGGACGCCGUAAUCAAGAUCCAGGCCUGGGUCCGGAUGUGGGCAGCUCGGAGGCGGUACCGGAGGCGUCUGGGAUACUUCCAGAAGAACGUUAACUCCAUUGUGAAGAUCCAGGCGUUUUUCCGAGCCCGGAAAGCCCGGGAUGACUACAGAAUGUUAGUGCACGUGCCCCAUCCCCCUCUCAGCGUGGUGUGCAGAUUUGCCCACCUCUUGAAUCAAAGCCAGGAGGACUUCCUGGCCGAGGCAGAGCUGCUGAAGCUUCAGGAAGAGGUGGUCAGGAAGAUCCGGUCCAACCAGCAGCUGCAGCAGGACCUCAACCUCAUGGACAUCAAGAUCGGCCUGCUGGUGAAGAACCGGAUCACCCUGCAGGAGGUGAUCUCCCACUGCAAGAAGCUGACCAAUAAGAACAAAGAGCAGCUGUCGGGUAUGAUGGCUCUGGACAAGCAGAAGGGCCUGAAGUCGCUGAGCAGAGAGAAAAGGCAGAAACUAGAAGCUUACCAGCACCUCUUCUACCUGCUGCAGACUCAGCCUCUCUACCUGGCCAAGCUGAUCUUUCACAUGCCACAGAACAGAACCACCAAGUUCAUGGAGUCCGUGAUUUUCAGCCUGUACAACUAUGCCUCCAACCGCCGCGAGGCCUACCUCCUGCUCCAGCUCUUCAAGACAGCGCUCCAGGAAGAGAUCAGGUCAAAGGUGGAGCAGCCCCAGGACAUGGUGACAGGCAACCCCGCGGUAGUGGGGCUCGUGGUGAGGUUCUACCGUAAUGGGCGGGGCCAGAGCGCCCUGCGCGAGAUCCUGGGCAGAGUCGUCCAGGACGUGCUGGAGGACAAGACGCUGAGCGUCCACAUCGACCCCAUUCACCUCUACAAGAGCUGGAUCAACCAGAGCGAGGCCCAGACCGGCCAGCGCAGCCACCUCCCCUAUGACGUCACUCCAGAGCAGGCCUUGAGCCACCCCGAGGUCCAGAGACGGCUGGACAUCUCCCUCCGCAGCCUCCUCGCCGUGACGGACAAGUUCCUUGCAGCCAUCGUCUCCUCUGUGGACCAGAUUCCGUACGGGAUGCGGUACGUUGCUAAGGUCCUGAAGACAACCCUGGCGGAGAAGUUCCCCGACGCCCCAGAGAACGAGGUCUACAAGGUGGUAGGGCACCUCCUGUACUACCGCUUCCUGAACCCGGCCGUCGUGGCCCCUGACGCCUUCGACAUCGUGGCCGUGGCGGCGGGCGGUGCCCUGGCCGCCCCCCAGCGCCACACGCUCGGGGCCGUGGCCCAAGUCCUGCAGCAGGCCGCCGGCGGCAAGGCCUUCCGCGGGGAGAGCCGGCACCUGCGGGUCUUGAACGACUACCUGGAGGAGACGCACCCCAAGUUCAGGAGGUUCGUCUGCCGAGCCUGCCAGGUGCCGGAGCCGGAGGAGCGCUUUGCGAUGGACGAGUACUCGGACAUGGUGGCCGUGGCCAGACCCGUGGUGUACAUCACCGUGGGGGAGCUGGUCAACACGCACAGGCUGUUGCUGGAGCACCAGGACUCGGUUGCCCCCGAUCACUGCGACCCCCUGCACGAGCUCCUGGAGGACCUGGGGGAGCUGCCCACCAUCCCUGACCUCAUCGGGGAGGGCGUGGCCGCGGACAGGAGCCUGGACCCGAGCAAGCUGGAGGUGUCCCUGACGCUCGCCAACAAGUUUGAAGGGCUGGAGACGGACCCCGGCGAUGCCAGUGCCCGGAGCCUGCUUCUGAGCACCAAGCAGAUGCUGGUGGACAUCAUGCAGUUCCAGCCUGGGGACUCCCUCGAGGAGAUGCUGUCCCUCCCGGCGUCCAGAGAGCAGGAAGCGGCCCACGAGCGGCUGACGAGCUGGCGCCGGGCCCGUGAGAGCCAGACCCCGGAGCCCCUGCGACGGCACCGCUCGCUGACCGCGCAGUCCCUCCUGCCGCUGGCGGACAAGCGUCGGCGCGUCCUGCGCAACCUGCGCCGGCUGGAGGGCCUGGGGCUGGUCAGCGCCAGCGACGGCUACCAGGGGCUGGUGGACGAACUGGCCAAGGACAUCCGCAACCAGCGCCGUUGCCGGCAGAGGCGGAAGGCGGAGCUGGUGAAGCUGGGGGCCACGCUCCGCGGCCUGGACAGUAAGGCCACCUUCUUCGAGGAGCAGGGCGACCACUACAGCCUGUACAUCCGGGCCUGCCUGGACCAGCUGGCCCCCCGCCCCAAGAGCUCCGGGAAAGGGAAGAAGCCGUCGCUCCGUUACACUGCUGCCCAGCUCCUGGACAAGGGGGUCCUGCUGGAGAUCGAGGGCCUUCCCACCUCUCACUUCAGAAAUGUGAUCUUUGACAUCAGCCCUGGAGACGAGGCAGGGAAGUUCGAAGUCAAUGCCCGGUUCCUGGGUGUGGACGUGGAGCGGUUCCAGCUUCACUACCAGGUGAGAGGCCCCCCAGGGGCCCCAAGCUGCCGGCCUGGCUCGGGUGCCCGCCUGAGGACAGUGGGCCCUCCUCGCUCCUCUCAGCCGCGGAGGACGUCAGCUCCCCGCCCCGCCCAUCAGCACCUGAACGGAAGGGUGAGGGUCUUGCGGCCCGAGCGCCUCUGUCCCCAGGCCCUGGCCCAGACCCCACUGCCAAGCACAGAGCGUGCAGCUGGCGGGCACUGUCAGAGCGGAUGAGUCCUGAUGUCCCAGCACGUGUCUGGGACCUCGCACACGCCGCCCUGCGGCCCUCUGCACAGCCCUGAAGCGUGACCCCUGUUCUCCAGGCUCUGAGGCUGACACAGAUGCAACCUGAGACACAGGCCAGUGUUCAGGACAGCUGUGAUUUUGUUUGUUUAGGUUUAUUUAUUUUGAGAGAGCACGAGCUAUAGAGGGGCAGAGAGAGAGAGAGAGAGAGGGGAUCCCAAGCAGCCUCCGCGCUGUCAGCACAGAGCCCAACGUGGGGCUUGAACUCACAAGCCGUGAGAUCAUGACCUGUGCCGAAGUCGGACGCUCAACCGACUGAGCCACCCAGGCGCCCCAGGAAGCAGUGACUUUAAACCCACGUCUUUUUGUUCUGCCCUUUGGCCUUUUGAAUGAGAGAAGGGGUUUGAAGCCCUGACUCUGCUCAAAUUGACAUUUGGUCAAGUCCCUGUGCCUCUCUUGGCCUUGAUGUCCUCAUCUGUGAACUGGGGUUUUGAUGGCCAGCGCCCCUGGGUGGGCGAGGGAGGCUCGGGGGCGUGAGUGUUGUGUAGACUGGCCGGGCCACCACCAGGAGCCCUCGCGCACCCCACCCCUGCCC